AUGUCUACGGAAUCUAAUCAAAGGUUAUUAAGAGAUUCAUAUUCAAAAAGGGCUGCUAUUAAAGGCCAAAUUACAAAAUUUAAAAAUUAUUUGGACAGAAUUAGCGAGUCCACUUCAAUGGAUGAAGUAUUAAUGGCUGAAUUUAAAUUGAAACUUAGCAAAUUUGAAGCAUUGUCAACAAAGUUUGAUGAGUUGCAGACUGAGAUUGAGGUUCUUAAUUCUGAAAAUAUAGAUUCUGAGAUUGAUGAAAGAGACGACAUUGAAAACGAUUUCGUCCAAAAUAUUGCUUCUGCUAAGAUAAUGAUUAAACAAUAUGAUAACUUAUUUAAUGACAACGAAAAUCGUAGGAAAUCGAUGGGCAAUGAAGACUCUUUCCAUCAAGAUUCAAAUAUUAGAUUACCACGAAUCGAGAUCUCAAAGUUUAAUGGUUCAUAUUUCCGUUGGCUAGAGUUCCGCGACACAUUUUCAAAUUUGGUUCAUAAAAACAAAAAUAUUACUGAUAUACAUAAAUUUCAUUAUUUACUUUCUUACCUUGAGGGUGAUGCGGCACGGAUUGUCUCUAAUCUCGAAGUGUCAACAGCAAACUACCAGGCAGCCUGGACGCUACUUUGCGACAGGUAUAAUAACAAAAGACUUCUUGUUGAUCAUCACUUAGAUUCUUUACUUAAUAUUCAAUCUUUAACUCGUGAGUCAGACAAGUCACUACGUUUUUUAGUCGAUCAUGUUACAAAAAAUCUUCGCGCCCUGUCUAGCCUGGGUCAGCCUACUGACUAUUGGGAUGUACUUAUAAUAUUUAUUUUAUCAUCUAAAUUGGACAAAUGUACUCUUGUUAAGUGGGAAGAGUAUCGAAAUACUAUUGAUGACAUUCCAACUUUGCAACAAUUUCAAAGAUUUUUAAUCAACCGUGCAGAUGUGUUAGAAUCUUUAAAUCGUAAUAAGGUUGGCACUUAUAAUGAAUCACAAAAUAAUUCCAAAUUACAAUUCACGCCACGUCUCUCACAACUAAAUUCACAAAAAAAUAAUCAAUCUGAUAAAAAGAAAAUUACUAAUUCAUUUUCUACAUCUAAUCAAAAUCAAUUAAAUGUUUAUCUUUGCAUAAUUUGUAACGGAAAUCACAGAAUUUAUGACUGUCCUACAUUUAAGUCUAAAAACAUUCAAGAUAGGCUGUCGUAUGUAAAUAAAUAUAAAUUAUGUCGAAAUUGCCUCAGACAAGGGCACCCUGUCAGUGACUGCCGCAUGGGUUCAUGUCGACAAUGCCAGCAAAAACACAACACUCUCCUCCAUAGUUCUAAUGAUGACGUCACUGCCAACUUAAGCACAGAUGAGCAAGUUGAACCAAACGAAUCUGUAGCAGCCUUUUCUAGACAAAUGUCCAAUCAUGUUCUCCUAUCUACAGCAUUGAUAGAAGUUUUUAACCCUAUUAAUAAGCAGGUAGAAAAGGUUCGCGCUCUCUUGGAUUGUGGCAGCCAGUCUUCAUUUAUCACUAAAUCCCUGCAACGGAGAAUGUCACUAAGAACUUGCCCAUUGCAGGCAAUAAAUGUCAUUGGGAUUGGCAAUAAUUCUUCUAAUACAGUGUACGAAAGCUGUCUCACUCAAAUAAAAUCUCUAAAUAGCAACUACAGCGUUACUCUUUCAUGUCUUGUUCUCAACGAAUUGACGGGCCGCUUACCUAAGACCCCAGUUGAUAUUCAAGCUCUCAAAAUACCUAAUUCUCUUACUUUGGCGGACCCUGAGUUCUACAAGCCAGCUCCGAUUGAAGUUUUAAUUGGAGCAGACAUCGUCUGGGACAUUCUAAACAGCGAACAGUUUUCUUUAGGUCCUAAUAAUCCUAAAUUGCAAAAUUCUAAAUUCGGCUGGAUAAUAGCUGGCCCAAUCAACAAUUAUUUUAGUAAAGAAACUAUUCAUUGCAAUCAUGCCAGAAUUGCAAACCCCACUUCUGACGAAAUUCACAAAAUGCUCACAAAAUUCUGGGAGCUUGAAGAGCUACCCCAAAAAACUGUUCGAAGUCAAAAUGACAUAGCAUGCGAAAAACACUCUCUAAAUACCACCACUCGCUUAGAAAGCGGCAGAUUCUGUGUGAAGUUACCCCUAAAGGACUCACCUGACUGCCUCGGCGAUUCAUACUCUCAAGCUAAAAAACGAUUCCUAAAUCUUGAGAAAAGAUUUAGACGAAAUAAAGAACUAAAAUCAAAAUACGUUGAAUUCAUUCGUGAAUACGCUGAUAUGGGCCAUCUAUCUGAAUCACCUACUCUUAUUCCAAAUCCAUCAUAUUUUUUGUGUCACCAUGCUGUCAUAAAGGAGAAUAGUGAAUCUACCAAACUCCGAGUAGUGUUCGAUGGCUCAGCCCCCACAACCUCUGGCUUCUCUGUCAAUGACAUCCUCAUGGUAGGCCCAAAUAUUCAAGACUCUCUUUUCUUCAUUUUAGUGAGAGCUCGGCAACAUAAAUUCAUUUUGACAGGUGACAUCGCCAAAAUGUACCGUCAGGUUCAAAUUGAGAGUUCAGAUCAAAACUUGCAGCUCAUAUUAUGGAGAGAAGAUGAGUCUCAGCCUAUCAAAACUCUGCGACUGAGUACUGUCACUUACGGUACCGCAAGUGCCAGUUACUUGAGCACGAGAUGUCUUUGGCAGGUUGGAGAGGAAUGUGGAGUCGAAAUGAUCAAAAAUAUCAUUCAGCACUACUUUUAUGUCGAUGAUCUAAUCACCGGCUGUGAUGAUGAAGAUCAACUUAAAUACCUUCAAAAUUCAGUUUCAAACGCUCUAAAUUCAGCUUGUUUUCCUCUUCGAAAGUAUAAAAAUAAUUCAAAAAACUUGUUUCAAAAUUUACACGAAAUUAAUACAGAACAUUUGACAAUCAGUGAGUCGUCGAGCACUCUCGGACUUUGUUGGGAUCCAUCGAAGGAUGCUUUUAAUUUUCCUAUCAAAAUUCCACUUCAUAGUGACAAAAUCACAAAGAGACUUAUCCUCUCCAGUUCAUUUCGAAUCUUCGAUCCCUUAGGUUUUUUGAGCCCGUGCAUUAUUCAACCAAAGAUUUUGCUCCAAAAAUUGUGGCUCAAGGGUGUUGAGUGGGAUAAACCUGUGUUGAAGAAGACUUACCUGAAGUCAAGGUUCAUACAGCCGUCGAAUCUGAAAUUAAUUUUGAUUUAA